UGUGUGGUCGAGGACCUUCUUGAGUUCUCGUUGUGACGUUUUAGUCGAGGACCUCAUUGCAUUUAUCUCUCCUUGCUCGGCUCGCACAUUGUUGUGGAUCUUCCUCUUAUUUGAGCGAGGUGACUUGGUCGAGGGGCCUCUAAUGCCGUCGGAAGUUUAAUAGGGUUCGGCCGAGGAACAACUCCCUUUAAUUUUCGCGCUUUGGGUCCCUUGGAGUUAUAAUAUGGGCCCAACGCCAUGUGAGGUCGAGGAUAGCCCCGGGCCAAGGAACUUCUCUAUGUGUUUGCUUGAUAUCAUUUGGUCGAGGAACAUGCUUUUUAUGCUAGUGGGAUAUCAUUCGGUCGAGGGACUUCCCUUGUUGAAUAUGCGGUCGAGGGGUUUGAUGACACCGCCUCCUAAUGACGGGGUUCCUCCUCGGUCGAGGGGUUCUUUGUCCUUGGCUGGAGCAAUUUUUCGGUCGAAGGGUAUUUGGUGUCAGGUGUUUGAUGUCAUCACAUCGUUGAACACUUGAACCCUUUUUCUCGGUUAUUGUGGGCCGACGCAUCCUUUUUUGAUGAUCUGGGUGAGAUAUUCUGGAUUAGUCGAGGGGUUAAUAAGCCCCAAGAGCGGGAUCCGAGGUGUAGUGUAGUCCGACCUCAAUAAGAGGAUGGUGCCUUUGGAUGAAGGUCUUUAAGAUACUUUGUGCGAUAUGCUCAAGUACGCCUUGAAAGAAGGUCUUUAGGCACUUAAUUUGAUUAUAAGUGUUUCUCUUUAUUUUUGUUAAACUUUGGGGCUCCGAGGAGGGCUAAUGAGCCUUAUGAAUAUCUGAAGAUAGGCCCGCAGAGGAAGUGGUGAGCUAGUACGGACGAGCGACGCACGAUCGGACCCCAUGCGGUCGAGUCAUGCGCUGCUUUUGAGUUGAAGGAGGUAUUGGGCCUCUUUGUGGGCUUUUAGUUUUCCCAGCCGCCGCCCCCCUUCUUGUUCUUUGACCUAGCCCUUGGGGUUUCAAUCUAUAAAAAAGGGGGGGCAUUCUCUUGUUACCAUUCACUUCUCCACUAAUCUCAAAGAGAGUCACACAAUUUCAGUCGCGCCGGGGGUGGUCUGUAUAGAGAGUGCUAUUUGGAGGAGUCGGGUCAUCGACACCGUACAACCCGAUAGCUCGGCGUUCAGCUGUCGACGCCUUUCCUUGAUAGCCGGUCGACGCACCGUCUGACAGCCGGUUCGGUUUCUCUUUGACGUGCCGGCCGAUAAUCUGCUUGUAUACCCCGGAGUUUGUUGAGUAUUAUUUCGUGGAGUGACCGUCCGUCGGCGGUCCAUUAAAUUCGGUCUGGUGGAUACGAUUAUUUGUCGUCCCAUUCCCACUUCGUCGUUGGGUUCGGUUUGAGUACUUUUUGUUGGAGUAGCUUUCGUCGACAUCCCUUUUGCGUGCUCGACGGCCUUCUAUCUUUUCGGUGACGGGUUUUUCGCUGGAAUACUCUUCGUCGUCGACACAUUUAAUCGGUCGUGGUCCUUUUGGUACUUUCGUCAAUGGAGGCACGCUUCAAGAGGUAUGCCGUCGUGUUUCCAUCUAAGUGUAGCUUUAAUUUCUUGUAAAUAAGGGUCUUUUCUCGGGCCGAGUACCAUUGUAACAUGAAUAAGGGUAUUCGGUCCGAGUCAAUCACCCCACCUACCUCCCCCGAGAAAUUUGACUUGUCUCGGGAAAUAAGAGUGGAGGGGGUUGUAGUAGUCAAUGUUGUAUCGUCAUGCUUAGAUCCCUCGGCGAUACCCGACGCCAUAUCCCUUCCCACUUCGUCAGAUGAGUCGAUUUCAGCGGGGGAGGAGGAACAUUGUCCUUAUCCGUGGGAGGUUUCAAUUGCCUUUCCACCUGUACAUAAUAGUUACUUAGAUAUUUAUUUGAACAGUGGUUCCGUCCGAAUAAUGUCCGAGGGAGAGGACCAGACGUCUUCUAGUUUCGAUGAUUAUCCUGCGCCUGAUCCCGCCGGGGGUCCGGCUAAUUUUUAUCUCAAGCCUUCGUGGAGGAAAACCUUGAAAGGACAUGUCGAUCACCUGAAUAAAAAGUAUUCGCUCAAGGGUGAGUAUAUCUUGUAUAGGCCGGGGGUGUUACACACUAUCUUGACUCCGUCUCCGGGUUGUACGGCCGUAUACAAGUCGGGUCUUCAGCUGGGUCUUCGAUUCCCCUUACAUCCCUUUAUUGUUGAAUUGCUUAGUGCCUAUAACUUGUCUAUUUGCCAGUUGAUGCCCAACUCAUGGGCUUCUAUAAAUUCGGUGUUGGCCAUUUGUGAUCUUUUGAGGGUUCGAUGUACUUUGACGUUGUGGCGGUCGGUGAUGAAGUUGGUGGAAGUAUCGGCUUAUGAGCAUGGUCCCGGUUGGUGGUCAUUCCAAUGCCGAGGUGGUUAUAAGGUCGUUGACACCGUUCCUUCAAAUCAUAGGGGUUUCCGUCACGAGUUUGUUUUUGUGUAUUAUGGUGGAGAGUGGGGCAUCCCGUUGGUUCCGGGGUCCGAGGGUCCGAACUUUUCCCUCAAUAGGAAAGUGCCGAUGAUGUCGAUAGAUGAGGCGAUAGUUGCUAUAUAUCUCCAGAAAGUGGAGAAGCGGGUAAAGGGUCAGCGGUUCCUGGUUGCCCCAUUCUGGUUGCCGAGUUCACGGGAGUUGAGUGACGAGCACUUCUUGUCAUCAUUUGGUUUGAGUCCGGCUUAUCCUAAGGAUAUUGCCCGGUUGAAGUUGGACGAGGAAAUGGCGGGGAGGAUUAGUGCUAGUGCUCUUCUUGCCGCACAGAUAAGGAAGGACCUGGCCGCUGGAUCGAUGAAGGUUCCUGAACCUCCGAAGGAUCCCAAAAAGCUGAAGAGGAAAAGGGCGCCUACUGAUCUGGUUCCGACGGUCGCUCUGACCGAACAUGCGCCGAAGAAGGUUUCUCGCGCUGUGUCGACGACUGCUGCUUCGGGGUCCAAAGGAACAAAAGCUGCCAAGAGAGUGGUUCCUACCCCUCUUAGGGUUUGUUCUGACGAGGAGGAGGGACAUCAUGCCCCUGUAUCCGAGGAUGGUCGUGAACAGUCUACUGAGUAUCUCGCCGAGGAGGCUCCUCUGGCUCGGGGGUCAUUGAUGUGUCUUUCGACCGAUGAUGGGAGUUCGAAGCCUUUUGCAGAGCUUCCUGCCAAUCUGAAGAAUCGGCGUAUGAGCAGGGCGAUGGGUGAGUUGUUUACUCCUGCCGACGAUGCUCACUUGUCCUCCCUUGGGAAGUCUGAGAUCGAUGCCCUCCAUGAGAGUUGGGCCGAGUUUUCCAUCAGGAUGACGGCUUACAUCCGCCGAUGCUACAGUGGGGAUUCAGAUGAGGUAGAGAGGUUGAGGGAUGAGAUCGGGAAACUUCAGGAGAAAGAGAAGAUGCAUCUCUCGGAGGUGAGUGAGCUGAAGAAGAAGCUUCAUUGGACUGAGUCUGAGUUGGAUCGUGCUAAGAGAUGCAUUAAGAAUGACGAGGGGGAGCUCCAACGGGCCAAGGUUGAUCUUGCCAAAGCCAAGGAAGAUUCGACGAUUCUCACGAGCCAGCGUGAUUCCGUUAACCGGGCGCUGAAGGAUGUGAAAGCUGAGUUAGAGGCCGUCAAGGGUCGGCUUAAGACUUUCGAUGCUAGGAUUGGUGAGCUUUUGAGUUCGCAGAACCGUCUGAAGGAGAGGAUCAUCGAAGAGUGGAAGAAUUCCGAGGAGGGUGAGGCUCAUAAUGUUGAGAUAGGCCUUGAGGCGACUUCUGUUGUUACUUCCGACACAUUGCGUCGAGUUCAGCUUGCUUUGGCUGAGUUUGCGCCCAAUGUAGGUUGGGAUGAGAUACAAGGAAAGUAUGAUUCUAUCUUGGCCAAGGAGCGAGAGGAUCUCAGAGCUCAGCUGGUUACUCAGGACAAGGUCGAUGGAGGCGAGGGCGAUUCGUCUGAUUCUGAUUCUGCUAGUACUUCGGGUUCUGAUUCGAGCAGCAGUGGUGAUGACGACGCUGGUAGCCAUGUUGAUGUCGUCGACCCUUAGGCGGAUGGUUGUUAUUUUCUUGUGUUGCUUUUGUUGCUUUCUUUUCGCGCCUAGUAUGAUGUAAUCUUUGAAGUAGAGGAACAUUGAUAUUGAACUGUAUUUGAUCCUUCGUAGAGGAACUUUGUUAAGAAACUAAAUCUAAGAACUUUUCG